CCCAGCCCGGGCGCCCCCGGAUCGGCGCGCGGAGGGAGGAGGGCGGGCCGGGCCGGCGGGCGGCGGACUAUGAGGCGCCCACCAUGGUGCGAUGCGACCGCGGGCUGCAGAUGCUGCUGACCACGGCUGGAGCCUUCGCCGCCUUCUCGCUCAUGGCCAUCGCCAUCGGCACCGACUACUGGCUCUACUCCAGCGCGCACAUCUGCAACGGAACCAACCUGACCAUGGACGACGGCCCCCCGCCCCGCCGUGCCCGCGGCGACCUCACCCACUCGGGGCUGUGGAGGGUGUGCUGUAUCGAAGGGAUCUACAAAGGGCACUGCUUCCGGAUCAAUCACUUCCCAGAGGACAAUGAUUACGACCACGACAGCUCAGAGUACCUCCUUCGUAUCGUGCGAGCUUCCAGCGUCUUCCCCAUCCUCAGCACCAUCCUCCUGCUGCUCGGAGGGCUCUGCAUCGGUGCUGGGAGGAUCUACAGCCGCAAGAACAACAUCGUGCUCAGUGCCGGCAUCCUCUUUGUAGCUGCAGGGCUCAGCAACAUCAUAGGCAUCAUCGUCUACAUUUCCAGCAACACAGGCGACCCCAGCGACAAGCGAGAUGAAGACAAGAAGAACCAUUACAACUACGGCUGGUCUUUCUACUUCGGGGCCCUGUCCUUUAUCGUGGCGGAGACAGUGGGCGUCCUGGCUGUGAACAUUUACAUUGAGAAAAAUAAAGAGUUGAGGUUUAAGACCAAACGGGAGUUCCUUAAGGCCUCCUCCUCUUCUCCUUAUGCCAGGAUGCCGAGCUACAGGUACCGGCGACGGCGCUCCAGGUCUAGCUCAAGGUCCACCGAGGCCUCGCCAUCCAGGGACGCGUCCCCCGUGGGCCUGAAGAUCACGGGGGCCAUCCCCAUGGGGGAGCUGUCCAUGUACACACUCUCCAGAGAGCCCCUCAAGGUGACCACAGCCGCCAGCUACAGCCCCGACCAGGAGGCCGGCUUCUUGCAGGUGCACGACUUCUUCCAGCCUGACCUGAAGGAAGGCUUCCAUGUGAGCAUGCUGAACCGGCGGACGACCCCCGUGUGAGCUGCCUGCUUCCUCUUGGCACUGGCCUCCCCUCCGGCAGCACUGUCCGUGUCCCACAGGAGGGCAUGUGGUCCUGACGGCAGACGGACAAUGCACUGAAGCCAGAUGCAGCCCUCCCUGUCUGCACGUGGCACCAUGGGCCGGCUGAGGGUGAAGGAGGCCUGGAGAUGGGAACCUGGGCUGCCUGAGAAGUGGAAGGCUGACUUUGUUCCCCCAACAAAGGUUUCCAAAAUCUCCAGGAAGCCCGGGAGCUUUCCUGAGGCUACACGGGGAACUAAAUUGAGCCAUUACCUCUUGCUGGAAAGAAGUCGUGCCAGAAGAAUGGGAUUUUAGGCCCUUGGCUCCCUGCUGGAUGCCGGCCACCAAAGGGCUCUCUGGGCACGAGGGGCUCUGACAUUGUCAGCUGCUUUUGAACCAGAAGUUCCCGCAUCUUAGAGCUGGAAAUGAGGAUGUUGAACCUCACCCCCUCCUUUCCCCUUUCCACUGCUCUGGCACCCUGGCAGGGGACAGUUGGCAAGGAAUUGUCAUCCUGAAGAGACGCUCUGCAGCCAAAUGGUGCUUCGGCCUUGUGCUAUCCUGGGGCUGGCUUCCCUCCACUUGAGGAGACUGAGGCCCGUGGAGGCACUGCGGGGAGGCUAGGGCUGAUGAUGGCUUUCCUGUCUGCUUCUGGAAGCUUCUGCCUUACUCAGAAUGGGUAGAACACAAUGAACCAGAAGGUCUGGAGGAGUCCACCGUGAGAGGGAAGGGAGCGGUGUGCCUUGGUGUGUCUGUCCCCAAUGGCCUGAAGAGCAGUCCUGGCCCUGGUGGGAACCCAGGGGAAGGUGGAGGCAGACUCCCACGCCCCCAGCUGGCAUCUGGCAACAGAAGCCUGAACCUCUGUGCAAGGAAGGGGACCCCAGGGAAAACGGCAACCAACACCAAAACAGAAGAGGCAGCCUUUUCCGAGGUGGCCAUCAAAUCAACACCAGGGAAGCGAGUUGUACUCAUUUCCUUGUCUUAAAAAGUAGCAGCAACGUGACCAAGUCCUGUCAUUGUGAUUUAGUCUGUCACCACCAGCAAGGACACAGAAGAAGAAGUCUGACCGAAUAGGCCACGCUGGGCUUUUCUUCAUCCCUAGGAGAGAGGACCUCAACGCAUUGUUCAGAGCCAAGCAAGCAGGCACUAUGUUUUGCAGUUUUUCCAGCCAUUUUUCCCUUCUUCUGAAGCAAGCAGAGAACGUGAAAGUGUGUCCCGGUUCUGAGGAACUCUCUGAAACAUGGAACUUACCCUCUUUUCUAUAAAACACGUGCUUUCUAAGGAGAAAUUGUUUCUUACUUUUUGAGACUUCUUAGCCCGUCCUGAACAGUCCUCUGUGACCCCGGUAGGUGUGGCACUUAAACGCAACGAGCAAAUCUUUACCUCAGCCACCUGCUCGUGGAGCCCUGGGCGGCCCCAGCCCGUGCGGCUGACCUCCGUCCUGCCCGCCCGCCUUCCCCACGCAGGAGGGGACCUCUCACGUCGCAUCCCCGCCAAGCGCCCCUGUGUGCCGGUGAGCUGAGAGGCGAGGCGUCCAGGGCCCCUUCGUGCUUGCUCGGAGCCCUUUCCUCCCGGUGGGGUCGACGCUGGAUGGUGGUGUGUCUGAGCACGCGUGACAGCGAGCGCCACGGCAUCGGCGUGUGGCCCGUCCACACCACCCGGCCCCCUCCACACCUGCGCCACCACCCCAUCGUCUUACCAGGCUGGAGAAAGAACCAGCGUCCCGCCAGGCCCCGGGGCUUGUCUUCUCUCUCUUCCCAAGGCGAGGCAGCCCGGCUGCAGCUGCCACACAAGCCACCUCCACCGCUGCCCUAGCAGUCUCUGUGGUUCCAUCAAGAAAGCUGAGCUCCAAUGAAGCCCACCUCUUGCCCUGUCCCAGGCGGAGAACGCAGGGCCCCGCUCUGGGGUCCAAGAAGAGCAGCAAGAAAGGGAAAAGGCAGCCGAGUGGGACAGAGAGCAGGGGCGGCCAGCCUCGGCCGCUGCAGCCUCCAC